AUGACCUUCCAUGAGCAGGGCGUGAUAGUUGUGGGUCAAGCUCGGGUGUGGCUCUGCCGAUCCGGCCGUCUCGAGAUGACCGCACCUUUAUCCUCCAUCUUCAUCGUUCUUGCCCUAUGCCCUGACCAUCACACAGCAAUUUUGACUGCGCGGGCACAACGCGAGGUAUUGACAAAAACGCUCGAAAAGCGCGAAGAACUAACACAGGACGAGAAGGAACGAGUCAAUGAGGUCGUGGACAAUGCGGGAAUCCGCCCGGAAGAAAUUGAUCUCCAAGCCGUCCAUCAGUUCUUCAUGUUAAUGCCCGGGAUUUUGCAGGAGCCAGUGAGCCACGGCGCCCAUAUCAUCGCCGAAAUAUUCCUGAGAACCCCCAACCAGAGCAGCCAAAGGACCGAGGUUGCUCGCAAAUGGAUUGUGGGUCACUUUCUGCGAACGAAUGUGUAUCCGGACUCUAAUCAGGAGACGGUCAAACCCGAACGAGUGCAAAGCUCGAGCGAUACCGUCGGGUUCAAAUCAAAGUCGCAGCCCAAUUUCCGGACAACGGAUCCGGACCACUUCAAGAUCGUCAGGCGAAAACCCGGUCUCAACGCCCGAGGCCAGCGACCUUUGGGAUCAGGGACAGCUAAGUUGUUGAGCGACCAGCAAAGCAUGUCUGGACUGCAUCUCGACGGGCCGCGCAAUCUUUCUAAAAGUCCAGAACUGGAGAUCGACCGGACAAUGGCCGAAAUUUUGGCUCUCGUCAACAAUAUGGUGUUUACGCGUGUCUGGGAGCCCGACAUCAUGAAGUCAGCCAGCCCCUGA